AUGGCAGUGCAGGGCAAGGAAGUGACAUUGUCUGGCCACAACUUUGGCAGUGACAACACCAAGGUCAUCAUCACUCUGGCGGGUGAUGAGAUGGACCACCUGGUGGAGACAGUGGCCGAGGAUGAGGAUAACGUGCUCAGUGGUAAGUACCUGCAUGGCCUGGGGCAGAAGGCGAGGCUGUCCCUGGUGGAUGUGCUGGAGGCCCCUCGGGGCUUCUGGGGUAGCUUCACCGGCACCGGGGCAGCCACCUUUGAGGAGACGAGUCACUCAACAGAGGACCAUCCCACCUCCUACUCCUGCACCAUCACCUCUCUCACCCCCACCAAAGUGUCCUGCACAGCAGCCGGCCUGUCCGCAGGCUCCUACAGACCCAUGGUGACCGUGGCUGGGGCUAGGGCAGUUGUGGGCAACAAGGUGUCCUCCACUACCCUGCCCUUGGCCUCUGCCCUAACACCUCAGUCCAGCAGCAUCAACGGAGGUGCGGUGCUGGUGGGGAACAUCUCAGGGUUCAUUCCCGGGUACAUGAUGGUGGUGGUUGGUGGUGCUGAGUGCCCCAUGCUGCAGGAGAGUGCCAACACCAUCUCCUGCCGCCUGCCACCUGGCAUUGAGGGGGAGGCAGCGGUGGUGGUCAGUGUGGCCUGCAGUGAGAAUGUGAUGGCUGCCAAAGCAUUCACCUACACUGCAGCCGUCACCCCCAUGCUUCUCUCUGUCACGCCCUCUACUGAUGUAGUGAGCAGCACCACCCUCACACUGGAUGGCACUGGCUUCACUCUGUCCGGGGGCACCCCUGAGGUCACCGUGGGGGGCAAAAGGUGUGGCCUGGUCUCCCCUGCUUCCCCCACCUCCCUCCAGUGCAUCGUCCCAGCACUUGGAGGAGGGAAACAUGAGGUGGUUGUGAGGGAUGCAGUGUAUGGAGACUCCAACAACUUGUCCAUCUCCCUCAUCUUCUCUCUCACCUCACUCACUCCCUCCUCAGGUGAGGCGGAUGUGACAUGUGAUGUGGUGGUGAGCAGCCCGAAUGGUUUGUCUGCCAGUCUGCUGGGUGGCUUCACUUACCAACUGGCUCUCACACUCUCCCUCACUGGCCUGGAGCCCCAGCGAGGCGGCACUGCUGGCGGCACCUCCCUCACCCUCACUGGCACUGGCUUUGGGUUGAGCGGCAAUAAGGUGACCAUUGGUGGGUCAGAGUGCAAGGUGACCCAAGAGGGUCCGACCAGCAUCACCUGCAUCACUGAGGCUCACCAAGGGUCGGGUCAAUUCCAGGUCAAGGUCACUGCCCCUGGGAAAGGCUUGGCAGCAGCUCAGAACAAUAGUGGAAUCUUUUCCUACAUCGACCUCUGGAGUUCACCAUUCACUUGGGGCAGUGAACCACCACCAUCACAGGGGCAGCUGGUGGUGGUGACUCAGGGCAAGACACUGCUGCUGGACCAGUCAACACCAGUGCUGAAGAUGCUGCUCAUCCAGGGCGGCCACGUGGUGUUUGAUGUGGAGACUGUGGAGGAGCUGGUGUUAUGGGCAGAGUAUAUUUUGAUCGUUGGUGGUGGCUCUCUCAGUAUUGGGUCGGAGGAUCAGCCUUUCCCUGGUGAGGCCGUCAUUGAACUGCACAGCAACACACACUCCACCGAGCUGCCCUUGUAUGGUGCCAAGGUAUUGGCGGUGCGUGAUGGGACGCUGGACCUUCAUGGCCGUCACGUCCCCAUCACCUGGACCCACCCUGGCACACACGGCCCUCCCUUGGGGACACCAACCUCACCCUGUCCCUGCCCGUCACCUUGA